AUGGUUUACCAGAAUAUAUUUGGUGCAGUCAUAGCUUCACUGCUGGGGUUUGCUUUCUUGUACAGACUAAGAGGGAAGAAGGCGGCCAGAGCUAUAGUGAAGACUGAUCAGAAUGGGAACUGUUUGAAGAGCUCUGAAAAUGGAAUUUGUGAGGCGAAGAUAAGUACAAGUACGGACAUUAUCAUUGUUGGUGCUGGGGUUGUUGGUUCGGCGCUUGCUUACACUCUUGGGAAGGAAGGGCGCCGAGUGCAUGUGAUUGAAAGAGACUUGGCUGAGCCAGAUAGAAUCGUUGGUGAACUUCUACAACCAGGGGGCUACCUGAAAUUAAUUGAGUUGGGCCUUGAGGAUUGUGUGAGUGAGAUUGAUGCUCAGCGGGUUUUUGGAUAUGCUCUUUACAAGGAUGGGAAAAGUACCAAGUUGCCAUAUCCUUUGGAAAACUUCCAUCCAGAUGUGGCUGGGAGAAGCUUUCACCAUGGGCGUUUCAUUCAAAGGAUGCGUCAAAAAGCUUCAUCUCUUCCCAAUGUAAGAUUGGAACAAGGAACAGUGACAUCUUUGAUUGAAGAAAAAGGUACUAUCAAGGGGGUGCAGUAUAAAUCCAAAGGUGGUGACCUAGAACUCACUGCACAUGCUCCUCUCACGAUAGUAUGCGAUGGAUGCUACUCAAACCUGCGGCGCUCUCUCUGCGAUCCUAAGGUUGAUAUUCCUUCAUGUUUUGUUGGUUUGGUUCUGGAGAAUUGCCAACUUCCAUACACAAACUACGGGCAUGUAAUUUUGGCAGAUCCUUCACCGAUACUGUUUUAUCCUAUCAGCAGCACAGAGAUUCGGUGUCUGGUUGAUGUACCAGGCCAAAAAGUACCUUCCAUUUCUGGUGGUGAAAUGGCUCACUACUUGAAAACCAAAGUGGCACCCCAGGUUCCUCCUGAGAUGUAUGCCACUUUCAUGGCUGCUACUGAUAAAGGAAACAUAAAAUCCAUGCCCAAUAGGAGCAUGCCUGCUGCUCCUCAUCCUACACCUGGUGCCCUUCUAAUGGGGGAUGCUGUUAACAUGAGGCAUCCUUUAACUGGAGGAGGCAUGACUGUGGCUCUGUCGGACAUUGUUGUUCUGAGGAACCUUCUGAGACCUCUGCACAAUCUGAAUGAUGCACCUGCCCUUUGCAAAUACCUCGAAUCCUUCUAUACCCUUCGCAAGCCUGUGGCUUCUACCAUAAACACAUUGGCAGGUGCACUAUACAAGGUGUUCUGUGCAUCCCCUGACCCGGCAAGGAAGGAAAUGCGCCAAGCAUGCUUCGACUACUUGAACCUUGGAGGCGUUUUCUCAAACGGACCUCUGGCAAUUCUCUCCGGUCUAAACCCUCGUCCAUUGAGCUUGGUUCUUCACUUUUUUGCUGUGGCUGUCUAUGCUGUUGGGCGCUUGUUGAUUCCAUUUCCUUCACCCAAACGCAUGUGGGUUGGAGCUAGACUGAUUUUGGGUGCAUCAGGGAUCAUAUUCCCCAUAAUCAACUCUGAAGGAGUAAGACAAAUGUUCUUCCCUGUGACAGUGCUAUCAUAUUACAGAGCUCCUCCGGUUAAUUAA